AUGGUCAAACUUGGCGACAAGGAGCGCCAGCUGCCACUAUUUGUCGUGAAAGGGGCGUGUCCUACGCUGUUUGGACGAAGCUGGAUGAAGGCCUUCAAGCUAGGCAUCGCUCAGACGGAGGGAGUCAACGUCGUGAAGUCUACGGAAGACCUGGUAAGCCAAUAUCACGAAGUUUUUUCGGAGCAGCUUGGCACGUUUCACGGCGUUGCAGCUUCUAUAUCCGUACAAAAGGGCGCGAAGCCACGUUUUGUCAAGGCACGUCCGAUACCAUUUGCUUUGCGUGAUCGCGUUUUUGAAGAACUACAGAGGAUGGAACGGGAAGGCGUUAUCAAACCGGUGAAAACGUCUCAGUGGGCCGCGCCCAUCGUUCCUGUAUUGAAGCGCGACGGCCGGGUUCGGGUCUGCGGCGAUUUUAAGACUACCAUAAACCCGGUGACAGUCGUCGAGUCCUACCCCAUUCCUAGGAUUGAGGAACUUUUUGCGCGGCUUACAGGGGGCAAGAAGUUCACAAAGCUUGACUUGCAAGACGCCUACCAGCAGGUCCCACUCGAUGAGAAGUGCCAAGAGCUAGUCACCAUUAACACUCCGAGGGGGCUAUACCGAUUCACAAGGCUGCCGUUCGGGGUUUCAUCAGCUCCAGCUAUAUUUCAGCGAGAGAUGGAAAAUCUUUUGCACGACCUUGACCAUGUCGUAGUGUACUUUGACGAUAUUCUGGUCACAGGAACCAGUGACAAAGAGCAUUGGGAGAACUUGGGCCGAGUGUUGGAUCGCCUGAAAACCGCGGGACUGCGGCUGAAGUUAUCCAAAUGCGAAUUCUUGAAACCAGAAGUCCAGUACUUGGGUCAUAUCAUUAGUGCGGCUGGGCUGCGUCCAAACCCGGCUAAGACUGAAGCAGUGCUGGAAGCCCCCGCACCCCGAGCGGUCAAGGAACUUCAGAGUUACCUCGGGUUGGUUAAUUUUUACAGAAGAUUCUUGCCAAACCUUUCUGCCGUGUUACAGCCGCUCAAUAGUUUGUUGGCGUCGGGAACACCGUGGCGCUGGGAAACUGAUGAAGAGCAGGCAUUUCGGAGAAGCAAGGAGCUAUUGGCCUCUGCUGCUAUAUUGGCACACUUUGACCCAGGAAAGCCAACUGUGCUUGUCACUGAUGCCUCUCCCUUCGGUAUUGGAGCAGUACUGGCGCAGCGAGAGCCAUCUGGAGAAGAGCGCCCCAUUGGUUUUGCUUCCCGCAGCCUGGCAACCGCGGAGAAAAACUACAGCCAAUUAGACAAGGAGGCAUUGAGCCUUGUAUUUGGCGUUACAAAGUUCAGGCAGUACUUAUGGGGCCGGCAUUUCGAGGCCGUCACAGAUCACAAACCGCUGCUCGGCCUGCUCGCAGCAGACAAACCAGUUCCCGAAUCCUGUUCUCCGAGAGUGCUAAGGUGGGCCUUGCUGCUGUCGGGGUACAGUUACGACCUGAAGUAUAGGCCGGGUUCACAAAUUGCACAUGCCGAUGGGUUAAGCCGGCUACCUCUGCCAACUGCCGAAUUUGUUGUUGACUGCCCUGCCGAAGUGUUAAUGCUCGAAGGAGCAUACCCGGGGGUACUGUCGUCAAAUGCUGUUGCGGCAGCUACCUCCAGAGACCCGGUGCUGUCGAAAGUAAGAGCAGCGUUGUGGUCAGGCUGCCAGACAAACCUAGGUUCAGAGGGAAGACCCUACGAGACGCGCUUUCAUGAGAUGAGUGUGCAAGGGAAUUGUCUAUUGUGGGGCAACAGAGUCAUUGUUCCAAAAUCCUUACAAAGGGAAGUCCUCCAGUUGCUGCAUGAGAGUCAUCCAGGACUGUCCAAAAUGAAGGCAGUUGCGCGUAGCCAUGUGUGGUGGCCUAGCUUGGAUAACGACAUAGCGAUAACCAUUCAAAGGUGCCGUAUGUGCCAGGAGCAUCAAAGAGUGUCACGACCAGUGCCUGUCAUGCCCUGGCCGUUCCCGGAGAAACCGUGGUCACGGCUGCAUGUGGACUAUGCCGGUCCUUACAGGAACACCUAUUUUUUUAUCGCAGUCGAUGCUUUCUCUAAGUGGAUUGAAGUGUUCCCGGUCUCGACACCCUCGGCUGAAGCAACUAUUUCCUGCAUGCGAAUUAUGUUCGCAAACCAAGGCCUUCCAGAUGUGGUCGUGUCGGAUAAUGGGCCAGCAUUUACCAGUGAGCUCUACUCCACAUUCCUCAAGAAAAACGGGGUGAGGCGAAUGCUGGUGCCACCGUAUCAUCCAGCGUCUAACGGUGCUGCAGAGCGGGCAGUGCAGACGGUCAAAAACAAGUUGCGGAAGGCUGGCCCUGGAGAUAUUCGCACUCAAAUUGCCCGCAUGCUCCUGACUUACAGGUCAACGCCUCACGAGGUCACGGGUUGCUGUCCGUCGGAGCUGCUGUUGGGGCGGAAGCUGAGGACUGCGUUGGACCUGCUACACCCAGACCUCAGGACUAAGGUGCUACAGAAGCAACUUAAGCAGAAAAUCAGAUGCGACCAAGGAACAAGACCCAGGGUUUUGGGUCACCCUGGUGACCAGGUGUUCGCAAGGAACUUCCGUCCAGGUCCUGCGUGGCUCCCUGCAGUCGUCACCGAACAACGCACUUCGUCCAUGGAUGUUCUACUGGAGGACGGACGGCGUUUAACUCGACAUCUGGAUCACAUCCGCCAGCCCCCUGAGGAACUAAGUGCAGACAACCAAGAGUCGGGCAGCCCAGUAGCUACAGGUCUGGCUCCAAGCUUGGACGUGGGUCAGAGGCAGCUAACUCCGGAUCGCCUUCACGACACCGAGUCUAGGCAAGAUCCCAGGGAAGACGUGGCGAGGGAAACGGAACUUGCUGUCACAACACCCAGUACUCCUGUCCUGCGUCGAAGUGCCAGAAUUCGACGACCAGUAUCGCGCUACUCACCUUGA